UCGGAGCUCAUGAUAUCUCUUAUUUCUCAAAUGUUAACCAUCUCAUUCUCCGGGGAUGACUCACCACAGAUGCAUUCAAAGUACAUAAGACUUGCUUGUCAACUAAUCUCUUUGGUCAACUCUCUGGAUUUGGAUUCGCAGUCAGAGCCUAAGUCGAAGAUCAUAUCGCUCAUAAAGCAAAUAAUCUCUGUCAGCAACUCUGUUUCAGGACCAGGACCAGAGUGCGAGUUGGUAUCACUGGUGACUAAAAUGAUCUCUAUCAUCAGCUCUACAUAUUUUGAUCUCAAGCAGUCAGAGCCGGAGCUUAUAUCACUUACCGCUCAAAUAUUCUCUAUCCUCCUAGCAAUGGACCAGCGCUCGGAGCUCUUAACACUCCUUUCUCAGCUAGGCCGUCUCGUCCAGACGGAGGAACUGAAGAUCACCAAUAACCAACAAGUACCUCUCACCGAAGAAACAGAUGUUUUCGACGGCUACACAGAGGUUACGAAUUGGGAGUCGGAGCUCAUUUUAUAUAUCAUUUCUCAAAUGGUAUCUUUAAUAAGAGGUGAGGAUAUGUGUCUAGAGCUGGCAACAGAUCUCACAGGAUACGUUACUCAACUUAUCCCUCUCAUCAAAUCUUUAAAUCUGGAUUCGAAUCCGGAGUCGGAGCAAGAGCCGAAGAUCACAUCACUCAUUAGGCAAAUAAUCUCUCUCAGAAACACGUAUGUUUCUGGACCAGAGUCGCAGUUGGUAUCACUCGUGACUCGGAUUAUAUCUAUCAUCAGCUCUACAGACUUGGAUCCCACGGAAUCACAAUGGAGGCUCACGUCAGUCACUUAUAAAACAUGCCGUAUCCUCAACGAAAUGAAGGAUUCGAAUUCGGAGAUGGCAUCACUCAUUAAUCAAAUACACGAUCUCGUUGAUGCAGAUGAGAGACGAAAGCCAGAGUCGAGGCUCAUAUCACGCAUCACUCAACUAAUGUCUCUCACAAACUCUUGGAGUUAUACUUCAGAUAGGGAUUCCAAGAUCAUAUCUCUCAUUAUUCGAAUAAUCGAUCUGGUCAAAUCGAUGGAUUUGGAUUCGAAGACGAAGCCGAAGUCGAAGCUAAUGUCACUCAUUACUCAAACAAUCUCUGUUUACAACUCUAUGGAUUUGGAUUCUCAGCCGAAGCCGCUAAGGAAGCUCAUAUCACUUGUUUCUCACUGUCUUCAUAACGUUAGGCCUACAGAUUCGGACUCAGACUCAGAUGGGAAUUACGUGUCACACGUUGAAGAUUCAUUGAAUCACGAGCCGGAGCUGGAGCUCAUUUCACUCAUCCAUCAGAUAGGCUCCCUCGUCAUUUCUAUGAAUCCAAAAUGGAAGAAGCUUAUUUCCUUCUGCCCUAUAUUUGAAGUAAGUUUGAAUCAUGGUAAAUUUCAAGUGAGCCAGGAACUCACCUGCAGAAGCAAUCGGUUAUACUAUAUCCCUAUGAAGUGGGAUUGUCUCCAGGUCAACUGGAAUUUACUAAAGUUACCAGGAGAAAAUGACUUCACUCAUUUUCGAUGUCGAGGUUGCAAUGGUGAGAACCAUAAAGGUUAUGAACAGGCUCCGGUUGAUGUCAAACACCCUCUUCAUCCAAAACAUUCUCUUCAGCUUGUUUCGUCGCAACCUUCUAGUGUUAGAACGAGGGAAUGUUAUUGCUGUGAUGAAGAUCUUGCCCAUAUAUUCUAUUGUUGUUUGGCUUGCAAUUAUGCUAUGAAUGUAGCUUGUGUGAAGAAACCUAGUGUCUUAUAUAGAGACUAUACGAGGUGGCAUGAGCAUAAACUUGCUCUGUUUCCAAGACUGCAGGCUUCCAGCUUAACUUGCAACCUAUGUGCCUUGGCUGAUUCUAGCUCGCCUAUCUAUAUGUGUCCCCCUUGCGACUUUGUCGUCCAUCAAAGGUGUACCGGCUUACCACGUGUUAUAAGGAUUUCCCGCCAUCUCCACCGUAUAUCAUUUACCUACUCCUUUGACCAAGGAGAUUUGUGUUGUAGUGUUUGUCGCAGAAAGAUAGACAAUGAUUACGGGGGCUAUUCUUGCAUCAAGGACGGUUGUUCAUAUGCGGCUCAUUCAAGAUGUGCAACACAAAGAAAUGUGUGGGAUGGCAUCGAACUUGAGGGAAAGCCAGAAGAAGUUGAAGAAGAAGUCGUUGAACCGUUUGUGACAAUAAGCCAUGGAAUCAUACAACAUUUUAGUCACCCACAACAUCAUUUGAAACUUGACGAGAACACGAGCAAAGAUUACGACGAGGAUAAGUUAUGUCAAGCAUGCAUCAUGCCAAUCUACUUCGGUAACUUCUACUCUUGUGUGCAAUGUGAUUAUAUACUCCACGACGAAUGUGCGAGUUUCCCUCGCAAAAUGCAUCAUCCGAUACAUCCACAUCUGCUCACUUUAGUGAACUCUGAUGGUGUUAUCAACGUUAGAAAGAAAUGUUCAGCUUGUCCUUGGAUGUGCACAACUGGUUUCUUCUAUGAGUGCAGUAAAGAAGAUUUCCAGCUACAUGUGCAGUGUGCCAACGUUUCUGAGCCACUAGUCCAUGAAAGUCAUAUGCAUCCUUUAUUCCUAACAACCAAACCAGAAGAGUGGAGAGUAUGUUCCGCUUGCAAAGAGUCAGAUUGUACUGUGACAAAUGAAACAUUCAACUCCAUAGAGUGUGAUUUUGCUUUGUGCUUUAGAUGUGCUACUUUACCUCAAAAGUUGAGGUAUAAGCAUGACAAGCAUACGCUCACUCUUUCGUAUGGCGAGGAGACAAGUACCAUGCCAUCUUGGUGUGAAAUUUGCGAGAGAAAUAUAAAUCCACAGGAGCGAUUUUAUAUGUGUGAUGAGUACUGUUGUGUCACCCUACAUAUUGAAUGUAUGCUUGGGGUGGCUUUAUACAUCAAGCCUGGUUCAUCGUGGAUCAGCUUCAACAAUAAAAAGAUGUAUGCUCUGGCCAACAAUCAUCAUAUGUCUCGACCUCUUUGCUUCAUUUGCAAGGAGCGUUGUCCCCACAAAAUAGUUUUCAAGUACGAUGAAGUUAUAUUUUGUUCCCAAAAGUGCAGGGGGAAAUAUAGGUACUAGAAGAGUGAACAAGUAGCUUGAUGAUCAUUACUAAUUUGUUUUUUGCGAGUA